UGUAACCAAUGAACUUUCAGUUUUUACAUUGCUAAGGAAUUGUUUUAAGAUGGCGGAAGGUGUGCAGAAACGGCUUCAAAAUGAAUUGGACAAAUUCCAAAGUGUCCAAAAAGAUGUGGCAAAACACAUUGGUUUGCGUCAACAGCUUGAAGGACAGCUGAAUGAAAAUACUCUAGUCAAAGAGGAGCUUGACAGGUUGGAAGAUGGAGCUGGUGUGUACAAGAUGGUUGGACCUGCUUUAAUCAAACAAGAUCUCACAGAAGCCAAGCAGAAUGUCCAGAAACGUAUUGACUACAUCAACAGUGAACUGAAACGGCAUGAGAACCUUAUCAAAGAUUUGGAGAAGAAAUCUGAUGCCCACAGAGAGACUUUGAACAAACUCCAGCACCAGUUCCAGCAGGCUCAAGUGAAGGCAGCUGUCAAGUCAUAGUUGCUCAAGUUUUUGUUAGAUGUUUUAACAUUUUCUGCAGUGGCUCAGCAAGAGCAAAGACCAUUGACAAUCUUUUGUUAGGCUUUUUUUUUAUUUUGAUACAUUGUAUCAAGUGGCAGACAAGAAGAAAACACAAAUUGUUUAUUUCAGUAAAAAAUGAUUGAUUUUACUAAUUAAUUUUUGGCUAUGUAAUAUGACCAGUGAUGUGGUUAAAAUUCUGACAAAGAAUUGGGUUAAAAUUUUUAAUUGCUUGUUUUAAAAAUGUUUUUUCCUCCUAUCAGCGGUGUGCUAGUUAAAUGUGUGUGUGCUGAUAUCUUAAGUGUUUGUAUACAGAACAAAAUGGGUGCCUGAUGUACGUAUCAAACCAUAGCUUGAAGUUUUUUUAAGAAUAAAUGGGACAUUAUUUUGCAUUCA